CGUGAGCGAGAGUGUCACAUGCGCAACCAUCGCGUUCUGCCUGUUAGCAUUGUAUUUAUCGUGAACGUGUGUGAGCGCGCGCGAGAGACCGAUGCAUGUGACAAAAAAAUAAAUAAAUCAAAACAACGACUUUGUUAUUCACAUUGACGAACUCAUACGCACCAGAUUCUCAGCUCAAUAAGAUUUCAGUUUUUUCUUCAACAAAAUUUUGUCAUUAGACUAUUAUUGUUUUAACUUUUCAUUGAAUUUAUAACAGCUAUUGAUACUCAUGCUACUUAUUCGCUGUUGUUGUGAUUGCUCUUAUUGGUCGUAACAUUCAAAUAACAUGGAUUAUCAAUUGAAUUCUGUACGAAAUGGAGUUGAUUGAUUUCAUCUUGAAUCAAAACGACGGAAUUGUACAUGAUACGCAAUUAUUAACUGCGAAAUGAAUCUCAGUAAAAAAAAAUUUCUUCCGCUCAAUCGGCUAAUUUUCUUCCGAUUUCAUUUACGAAAUACUUCAGUGAAAACCUAAUGACAUUCAAGGGGAUAUAUAAACUCAAUAUUUAAAUUUGCUCUGAAGAUCGUAACCUUUCAAAUUCAAAUUGAAAGCUGACUCGAAUUUUUCACCAGAAGGCGUUCAUAUUCAAAGCUUUUUGGAAGUGAAAUCGAUUAGAAAAAAACACGAUUCGUGUCUAGUCGAAGGCUGUGUUAAUUGCAGUCAUUUGCCUACAUUUAGGAGCUUUUUUUUGUUCUAAACGAACUGAAAAUCAAUUUUGGUAAUCUAAACAAAUCUGAAUUGAAUAUGGAAUUUAAAAUUUGCGUUUGAACUUUCGAUAUCAUUUGAUCAGUGCAAUGCUGGCGCGUGUGGCAUUUUAAUGAAUUCCACGUUUCGCAAAACGUACGAAUUGAUGGUGCAUUUGUAAAUAUUUACACCGAAAUGCAGCCGAUGUACGACUUAUAUUCUUUGUUUUUUUUUUUCAAAAAUACGUGAUAUCUGCUGAAGUAGUUGAAAUUAUGAUUUUCAUGUAGGUUGACGUGACCUUUUCUUGUUUGGACUUCAGUUAUCGCGCAUAUGAAUCACAACGGCGGUAGCUUUGCAAAUGGGUCAAUCGCACUGAUUAUCAAUUCCAACGUUGAAUGUUUUUGUUGCUUUAGCAAAUUUCAAGCGAUCGCACCGUUUUUAGGUUCAAAUAUAUCGUAGCAUUAUCAUUGCGUUCGUGCUAUUUUUGCAAAGAACUUACAUCGUAUCUACUAACCGUUUUUUUUUCUACACUUGUCCACUGAAUCGUGUGCUCAUAUCAUUUACUUGUUCACCUGAUUGAAUUCCAAAUGCGAUGACCGCGUCGUUUGUUCGUUUAUCUCAUAUUCAUAUUUUACUCCGUUCAGAUUGCGUUUCAGCGGAUCACAUACACACACGCAUAAUGAGCGAGGUAAGAUCUUGUUUGGGUAUUCCCCGGCGUUUUCAAUUUAUGCCAAACCAUAUUUUAUUAUUGAUUUUCAGCAUAGUUUCGGAAAAACCCGACAUUUGCACUGUCGACAUUCCCGUUUGACCCCGAAACAUAACGGAAACGAUGUUCAAACGUGUGCACAAGAUGUUUGAACAAUUAACAACAUGACAGAUUUCGAAUUAUCUACACUCAAUGCUCGCAAUUGAACCUGAAACAAUGCCAAAUGAAAAAAUACUUGAACGCGGCCACUUGAAUUGAAAGUGCAAACAGCGAGAAAAAAACAAACAGAAUGUUCAUGUCAUUUUUCGAAUUUAACAACAAAUCACCAAUUUGUUGAUAAUUGCCGGAAUUGCAUUUCAAAGGAAUUCCUUCUUUUUUUCUUGGCUAAUUUUGAAGGAUUUUUUCUCUGAUUUUUAGUUCAAUGGAAUGAAGAUGAAAUUAUUGAAUUUCGUUAUUAUUCAAGAGAUGUGAAAUGAAUUGCGACACUUUCUCCCAACUACGCGCAAUUUUGACUUUUCUUCGACAUUUGCUGCGCGAAAAAUCUUGGCGCGGUUUGUUUGUGUUUUUGUUUUGGACGAUUUGUUUAUUUUUGUUUAUAUUUUUUUUUGUCCAUUAUCGCUUAUGAAAAGUAUCGUUUGUUUGAAUGUGGCAGAAAGAAACGAAUUUUUUAAUUUCACAUUAUAAAAUUCAAGCAUUAAAUAAAUUUGAGUAAAAUUCAUGAAACUUGAAUCAAGUUUACACAGUUGUUAAGCGGUUUGGUUUCGUUUGUCUCAUAUCGAUAGUUAUCUAUACCAAAUCUUUAUUAUGUGGUGGAAAGAAAUCCAUUAAUGUUGAAGACAGAAUCAAUAUUCCACUGCAAACUGAUGACGUCGAUAUGAAUUCAUGGCACAUUCAUUACAAUUUUUGCUUGUAAUGCUCAAUAGCCCAAAAUGGUAACAAGAAAAAUAAUUUUCUUUCAAUUUUUUUUUCUUCAAAUAAACGUUUUUCACACCAAAUUGAAAACACUAAAUCCAGCGACUAGAUGAUAAUGAAGUUGAGCAAGCACGCAAUCUUAUUUUCAUGCCGAUAACUUUAUAAACAUAAAUUCUAAUAAAAAAAAAUGGCUAAAUAUUCACCAACCGCUCACUUAGCCCGAUCGUUAAUUAGACGUUUAGCAAUGUGAAUUCGAAAUGAAUGCGAAAAAUAACGAAAUCCGGAAACGAGUUAUGUAAAGUGAAACAACAAAACAAAAACAAAUUUAUGUAUAAACAACUCGUUUCGAUUUACUGUUUUAAUAUUUUCCAUUUCGGGCAGCAAUUUUGCACAUACACAAAACCGGAGUACAAUAGCCAAAUGGAUAGAUGUACGUCAAAUGGAAAACAGGGAUUAAGAAAGAGAAUUAUGUGAUUGUAAUUAUAGUUUAAAGAAAGGUCAUCAUUGGUUACAUUUUGAGGAUUUCGUUAAAAUUUCGGCCCCAUUCUGGUUCGUCUGGUAACAUCGAGAAUGUUAUUUUCUGAGAUCUUUUAUAUAUGUAUACUUUAAAUGUUUAUGUCUAUUGCGCGCUCAAUUUUACAUAAUAAUUGAAUGUGAUUUCAAAGCAAAAUUUAUGGCUUUGUUUGGUCGGUUCUGAUGUUAUCGUCUUUAUCUCCUCACAUCAUCGUUUUGAACCAGUGCUGCCCAGAAAUGAAUACAUAUAUAGAUUUGCACACAGCUGAUCUAACGUUUAUUUUCAACGAAACCCAUUUUAUGGUGGAGGAUUUUUUUUAUUGCAACGUUGUGUUUUUUUUUUCUCAUUCGUUGUCCCGGAUGUUUAUUGCAAUUUGACAAUUUUCGCGCAUUCAAUUGAAUUAAAGAAGAUGAAUGAUGAAUGGGCAUUAAUCAAAGUCGUUGAUUGCUUUUGCAUGCGAUGCAAAAAUUUCACAUUGAUAAAAAUCACUUUCACUCCACACACAUGCACAUGCACACACGCACACGUCCUGAUUGAACCUUCACAUGCAAAGCACUGUUGAAUGCCACACCACAAACACACAUAUACAAAGAACAUCGAUCCGGAUUGGCCAAAGAACAAAGAACAUGUGAUUAAAAGUUCUGUUUUUCCAAAAUGGUUCAUUACCAAUGGCUUAUGGGACAAGAUCGUGCCAGUGCGUGCACAAAACGGGUAAACAAUGCAACCAACAAUUUCAACGCUGUGCACAAUCAAUUCCAAAACAAAAAGUUAUUACUGAUUGAGACUGGUUUAUAAACCACAAUUGAAUCAUGUACCAACGACGAUGUAAACAGACUAAUCAUAAUAUUUCCGGCACAAGUCAUCCAGUAGUUUUUUUUACCUCGUAAACAAUCAAAACAUAUUCUAACCAUAAUUAUCACCUUUUUGCGCCGUGUCGAUUUCAGAAGAAGACGAGAAAAAAAGAAUAAAUAAAAGAAUUUGUGGUCUUAACGAUGUCGAUCGAAUGUGACAAUAACACGUCAUCGUUAACAACGGUGACGAGGGGAAUUACCGUUUUCCUUCGACCAUGUGAUCAGCCACCGAAGAUCUUAUGCUUGGCUGAAUGCGAAUUGACAAUUUUUUUUGCUCCACCAUAUUUCAAAGCUUCUACAUAGAUCUGGUUCCGGUUGUCAUAUUCGACGUAGGUGUCAGUCUGUUUCGAAGACACUAGCCAUCGCAUUUGAUUCUACUAAAUAAUUCUAUCGUCUACUAUCAUGCAUCAUCCUCUGGAUGCAACUUUUUCUCUCAGACAGGCGAUAAAUUUGGAAAUGAGAGAAAAAUUGCGAAAACAAGUAUUUAACUUUUAUCGUUCUAUCACAAUGAAAGCGUAGGUAAUGGAUGUCUGGUGUUCAAAAAUCGUAAUCACUACCGCAAUUGCGAAUGCGGGCUUUUUGUUGAUUGUUCUCUUACCAUUGUCGCCUCGAAUGCAUUUGGGCAUAAACGCUAAUUAACAUGGUGUGUUUUGUGUGUGAAUUUAUGACGAAUUUGUGCGAUGCUGUGUGCCCGCCCGUUAACACGACCAAUGAUAUGAGUCAGCAGACAUGAAUUUCGAUUUAACAUCAGAAUUCGUUGAUACCGGUCAUGGUUGACCGUGUAUGUUGUUGUUUUUGUUUUGAUUCUGUUUCUUUCACUUUGGCUUCUCACAUUGUUGUUGUUAUUGUUGUUACCAAUUGAUGUGAAUGGGUUUGACAGGUAUUUAUGCUGGUAUUCCCAAUUUUUGUGCGCAGAUUCGACUUGGUGUGUAUUGUUAUUUUCUCUCUGUCUCUCCCCUACUCUUUUGACUUUAUUUACAUUCGACGACCGUAUUAUUGAACAAGAAUAAUGGCACACGGUGGAAAAGGAAUAGUGUAAAGUGCCGCCAAUGAUAUCAAAUCACACUCACCCAAAAAAAAAACAGUCUAUCAAGAAUUCGUGCACAGAUGUACGACUAUAAAAGACUAUCGAGUCUGCAUUAAGAGUAUCAUAAUCGUUUUGGUUCUUCAACUGUCCAAAAGGUUUUUGAAUUCUUUCCAAAUUUAUUUUUUUCUUGUGUGAAAAUUUCAGUCAACCAUUAAAAUGGCCAAAUCAAUGUUGUUAGUAUUCGUUUUGCUCGCCAUUUGUGCCGUUGCAUUGGCUGUGCCAGCUGCUCAAUACUAUGGCGGCGGCGGUUAUCCAGGAUAUGGCGGUUACGGCAACUAUGGCGGCGGCGGUUUUCCAUUGGGUGGUGGCGGUUAUACUGGUGGCCUAGGUGGCGGUUAUGGUGGCUAUGGUGGCUAUGGAGGACAUGGCCAUCAUCAUCAUCACCAUGGUGGCUUUUGAUUGAAAUAGCCAAAAAUACCCAUUCAAAAAAUCGUUCAAUUUGUAAAUAUAUAAAAUUCAAUUCAAUAAAAAUGUAAAAAAAACUUAAAG